CUGCUGGAAGACGCUACCACAGAACAGCGUGGGGAAGCAAAAAUGAGAUUUGGUAGCGUCCUCGCCACACUAUCACAAGGAGAGUAGGGUGGAGCUAAGAGACGACAUCUGGCAAAAGGAUUUACAAGAGGGCAAGAGAAAAUAUGUCUAAAGGUGUGCCACUGGUGACGGAUCUAAAGGAAAACGGAACGGAUCUACCUUUCUGUCUCCACAAAAACCAGUCAUCAGCAAGAAGCUGCCUGUGGGGUGCACAUUCUCAGGUCAAAAGGCGUGAAGGACACGAUGAAUGGUCAUAUUUCUAAUCAUCCCGGUAGUUUCGGAAUGUACCCGUCUCAGAUGAAUGGCUACGGGUCAUCACCCACCUUUUCCCAAAUGGACAGAGAACAUGGUUCAAAAACAAGUGCAAAGGCCCUUUAUGAGCAAAGGAAGAAUUAUGCACGGGACAGUGUCAGCAGUGUGUCAGAUAUAUCUCAAUACCGUGUUGAACACUUGACUACCUUUGUCCUGGAUCGGAAAGAUGCUAUGAUCACUGUGGAUGAUGGAAUAAGGAAGCUGAAAUUGCUUGAUGCCAAGGGCAAAGUAUGGACUCAAGAUAUGAUUCUUCAAGUAGACGACAGAGCUGUGAGCCUGAUUGAUUUAGAAUCGAAGAAUGAACUGGAGAAUUUUCCUCUAAGCACAAUCCAGCACUGCCAAGCUGUGAUGCACUCAUGCAGCUAUGAUUCAAUUCUUGCCCUGGUAUGCAAAGAGCCAACCCAGAACAAGCCAGAUCUUCAUCUCUUCCAGUGUGAUGAGGUUAAGGCAAACCUAAUUAGUGAGGACAUUGAAAGUGCAAUCAGUGACAGUAAAGGCGGGAAACAGAAGAGGAGGCCUGACGCCCUGAGGAUGAUUUCCAACGCCGACCCUGGUAUACCACCUCCACCCCGAGCUCCUGCCCCUGCACCCCCUGGAACCGUCACCCAGGUGGACGUUAGAAGUCGGGUGGCAGCCUGGUCUGCAUGGGCAGCCGACCAAGGGGACUUUGAGAAAGCAAGGCAGUAUCAUGAGCAGGAAGAAACGCCUGAGAUGAUGGCAGCCCGAAUUGACAGAGACGUGCAAAUCUUAAACCACAUUUUGGAUGACAUUGAAUUUUUUAUCACAAAACUCCAAAAAGCAGCAGAAGCAUUUUCUGAGCUUUCUAAAAGGAAGAAAAAUAAGAAAAGUAAAAGGAAAGGACCAGGAGAGGGUGUUUUAACGCUGCGGGCAAAACCUCCACCUCCUGAUGAAUUUCUUGACUGUUUCCAAAAAUUUAAACAUGGAUUUAACCUUCUGGCCAAAUUGAAGUCUCAUAUUCAGAAUCCCAGUGCUGCAGAUUUGGUUCACUUUUUGUUUACUCCAUUAAAUAUGGUGGUGCAGGCAACAGGAGGUCCUGAAUUAGCCAGUUCAGUACUUAGUCCCCUAUUGACUAAGGACACAAUUGAUUUCUUAAAUUACACUGUCAAUGGUGAUGAACGGCAGCUGUGGAUGUCAUUGGGCGGACCUUGGAUGAAAGCCAGAGCAGAGUGGCCAAAGGAACAGUUUAUUCCACCGUACGUUCCACGGUUCCGCAGUGGCUGGGAGCCCCCGAUGCUGAACUUUACAGGAGCACCAAUGGAACAAGAUCUUUAUCAACUAGCAGAGUCUGUGGCAAAUGUAGCAGAACAUCAGCGCAAACAGGAAAUGAAAAGAUUAUCCACAGAGCAUUCCAGUGUAUCAGAGUAUCAUCCAGCCGAUGGCUAUGCCUUCAGUAGCAACACUUACACAAGAGGCUCCCAUCUGGAUCAAGGGGAAGCUGCCGUUGCUUUUAAGCCAACUUCUAAUCGCCAUGCAGAUAGAAAUUAUGACCCACUCAAAACACAACCCAAGAAAUAUGCCAAAUCCAAGUAUGACUUUGUAGCAAGGAACAACAGUGAGCUCUCGGUUCUAAAGGAUGAUCUUUUAGAGAUACUUGAUGAUCGAAAGCAGUGGUGGAAAGUUCGAAAUGCAAGUGGAGACUCUGGAUUUGUGCCAAAUAAUAUUUUGGAUAUUGUGAGACCUCCUGAAUCUGGAUUGGGGCGUGCUGAUCCACCUUAUACUCAUACUAUACAGAAACAAAGGAUGGAGUAUGGCCCAAGGCCAGCUGAUACUCCCUCUGCUCCAUCACCUCCUCCAACACCAGCUCCCGUUCCUGUCCCGCUUCCACCUUCCACCCCAGCACCUGUUCCUGUGUCAAAGGUCCCAGCAAAUGUAACGCGUCAAAACAGCAGCUCCAGUGACAGUGGUGGCAGUAUCGUGCGAGAUAGCCAGAGACACAAACAACUUCCGGUGGACCGAAGGAAAUCUCAGAUGGAGGAAGUGCAAGAUGAACUCAUCCACAGACUGACCAUUGGUCGGAGUGCCGCUCAGAAGAAAUUCCAUGUGCCACGGCAGAAUGUGCCAGUUGUCAAUAUCACUUACGACUCCACACCAGAAGAUGUGAAGACAUGGUUACAGUCAAAGGGAUUCAACCCUGUGACUGUCAAUAGUCUUGGAGUAUUAAAUGGUGCACAGCUCUUCUCUCUCAAUAAGGAUGAACUGAGAUCAGUCUGCCCUGAAGGGGCGAGAGUCUUUAGCCAAAUCACUGUGCAAAAAGCUGCAUUAGAGGAUAGCAGUGGCAGCUCCGAGUUACAAGAAAUUAUGAGAAGACGACAGGAAAAAAUCAGUGCUGCUGCUAGUGAUUCGGGAGUGGAAUCUUUUGAUGAAGGAAGCAGUCACUAAUCUGUUUGUUUUUAAACUCCAUUGUUUUUGGCAUUUUUUCAACAUGCUUUGUUUAAGGAAGCCUCGAAGGGAAUGUCAGAUUCAUUUUUCUUGUAGUAAUUUAUCGCCAUAAAAAACCCCAUGAAAACCUAAGUGAGCACAGGAUUUGCUUCUAGGCCCAUCAUUUUUAUUAAAACUGAAAAAAACUUAAACAGAAUUUUUUGACCUUGGAAAAUAUUUUUCCUACUUUACCAAGGUAAAGUUUUCCUUUUAGAGUAAUUAUUUUAUCCCCAUUCCAGUGUAUAAGCAGGAAUUGUUUAGACAGUGGCGGAUUUAUUCACUGCAACAAGGCAACAAUAUUGUCCAUGAUUUAAAAUCUAAGCAGUUUUGAUUUUGUCUGUGAACAUGGUGUCUGUCAUUCAGGGCGUAGCUCACUGUAGGCUAGCCUCUGCUUACUUAGGUCUCUUUUCUGACAUACUCGAUGGAAGAAUAUUCAGAUUUAUUUAAAGUUCUUAAUGCCAACGUUUGAAUGAACUGUAAAAUACAGCCAUACCUUGGACAUGCAAAUAUCAAUCUAUGGAGCAUUCUCAAGACAGUUUGUCAUGGCUCUGUUGAUUGCAAUUCCUUGUAUAGCUUGUAUUUUGAUUUAGUUUAUAUUCUGCUUAUUAUGUAUACUGUGUUCUUAUAUAUGAGAAAGCACAAGUGGGAAAGAGGUCAUGUCUGCUGAAAAUCUAGCAAAGGAAGUAGUCUGCGUCGAUGUGCAAUUACAGUAUUUUGCUUAAUGAAAGCCUCAGUUCUGAAUAUCGAUAUUAGUAGUUAAAAGGAAAUGGGGCCAUUUUAUGUGUUUAUCUGUGUCAAGCCUUUCUGGUAAUAAGAAGCACUUAAUUUACACAUAUUUUAAUCCUGUGAAAGAUUCCACAUAGAGAAAAGAAAGAUACCUAACCUUCAACAAAUGUUAUUUUUGGAAACGCAAGUUUUGUCAUUAAAUGUUAUUUCACAUAUAUAAAACAGAUGUUAUGUAAGGAUGUUGUAUAUUUUAACAUAAAUCAUUUAGAGAAAUUAUCUAGAGUCAUUAAUUUUCAUAGUGCCUUUUUCACAUGAGUCAGCUGGAAAGUCUGCAAUAAACACUAUUUGCUGUCUGUUAA